AUGAUAAAGGAGCAUGAUAAAGUUACAGAAACUGUAUUAAACUUCCUACAUGGAGUUUCUGUGCUUUUCAUGAAGAAUAGUGAAGAACCUUCAGAAUUCAAAGACAAAUACCAAGAGAUGCUAUAUGAGUGGCUCCAUGAAGGUAAUAUGUCAGAGUCGCUGUUUCUGGUACAAGAUCUAGAAAAUUCAUCAGUGAGUGUGGUAUUGACACUCGAUUCUUCUAAGUUGGGAAAAUAUAACGCUUUGAUGAUAUUGAAGAAUCAAUCAGUGAUUGAACCAGAAAUGCCUAUUGAAUCACAAUUGAGUAUGAUAAUGCUCCAGCAAGAUUCACAGUUCGAUACCUUAAAAACAUUAGUUGAUGUCGGUGUUAAUCAAAUAUUCAAUAGAAUUCUAAACUCAAAAGAGAACACGUCUAAAAUUGUUCCCGAUUCUUUACUUAAUACCAAGAGAAAGAUUAGAGAUCUUUCCAUUUCUUUACAGAAUUUAGAUAAAGGCAUACAAAUACCUGAUAUCGAGAGUUCAAUUCAUCCAAUUGUCAAAGAAAUUGUGAAUAAGGGAGCUAAUGCACAUAAUAUUGGAGACUUCCUGUCUACAGAGCAACUAAAUGAUUCUUCAUUUUUAAACGAGUUACAGAAAACCUCAAAUCAAUGGAUUAAAUCAGUACACUCAUUGUUAAGGUUAGAAAAUAAUUUAUACGAUGGAAGUGCCUUAGAUGAAGUUGACUUCUGGAGAAGCUAUUAUGGAGCUCUCUCGGAGUUUGAAGAAAGGUUGAACUCCACAGAAGUUGAUGUCACUAUGAGUAUUUUGGCAUCUGCUAAGAGAUACUAUCGGAGUAGUUCGUUAAGCAAGGAUACUGGAUUGAACAAAAUCAUAAGCGAAUCCCAAGACUAUUAUUUAUUUCUCAACGCGCUUGGUAUACCGGUUAUUUCAUCUGCAUCUACUUUAGUUGACCUAAGUGCAGCUAUCGAUACAUUCACAGAUGAGUUCAAAAGAUUACGUAUCAUACAAUAUCCCUUAGAGAAAGCAGUCAAAUUAGUUGAAAAAGUCUCUGAUGAUAUUUCCGCUAAAAUUAGAGAAUUGUUACCCAAUCUCUUAUUAACCAGCUACGAGGUGUUUUUAUCAAUAGUAGAUGAAGCUGUUAACAUUUUAAACAAGUGGGACGAGAAAUUAAAAAGUUUGACCUUAUUAAUUAGAGAGCUUAUGAGAAAAAGAUCUGAAAAGUUUAUAUUUUUAAGAUUUAAAUGCUCAACGGACUCGUUAAAAGCUUCUAUACUUAAAAUUUCAUCUUUUAGAUCUGAACAUCAUAAAUUACUUGAAACCAUCGAUGCAAUUAAUAGACAUGUUCUUCUGGAGAGACUAACGGUAAUCUAUGAUUCAGUUAAAUCUGUCAACCCAUUAACUACCGACACCUCUUCUUGGAGGCAGAUUGAGCAGUCUUAUUACAAUAAAAUCACGAUACUUGAGGAUGAACUCAUUAAUAUUCUUCACAAGGAAUUAGAAAAUUGUAAGACAAGUAAAGAAAUGUUCCAAAUAUUUGAAAAAUAUAAGCCCUUAAUGGAAAGAGAUAGAGUGCUGAAUGCAGUACGAGAAUACCAACAUCAACUUUUGUUUAAUGUGAAAUCAGAUAUCUUAUUACUAAAAGAUACUGUGAUAAAGCAAAAACCGAAUAAAGUGAGUAAUAUCGGGUUUGAUGUACAGCCGAUCAUUCAAGAAAUUGUAUGGCAGAAGAAAAUUCUAAAAAAAGUACAUAUAUUUACUUCUAAGCUUACAGCUAUUUUAGGCCCGGAAUGGGAUCAAACUACAGUUGGCUCAGAAAUAUCAAAGGAAUGCAUUUCAAUAGAAACUACUCUGGAUACUAAUAAAAAGUUCGAAACUUGGAUCAAUGAGGCCGAGAAAAGAAGUUUUAUUUUGGAGCAAAGUAUCUUCAAAAUUGUUAGAAGUGAAUUUGGAUACGAAUUAAAGGUGAAUUUCGAUUUUUCUGCCGGAUCAUUAUUCAAAACUGUAAGAAAUUUACUAUGGCAAGGUUACGUUGUACCAAGUGAUCUAAUAAGAACAUCAAGGAUAACCAGGAAUAUGUAUCCACAUGCCAUAAUAUCAAACGAGAAAGUGAGAACAUUUCUAUGGAUAUUACACGAAAUGACCAGCUUACUUUUCACGAAGCCUCUUCUGCACAAAUGUACUAAUAAUAUAUGGCAGUUAUUAUCGAAUUUAAUUAAUGAACCCUGGGAAAAUAUCCUGAGUGGAGAAGCCUCUGGGGAAGGUGAAAGAGAUAAUAUUCUAAUCGAAUUUGAAUCCGCAGUAGACUAUUUACUAGAGCAAUUUGAAUACCUUAGAACGGUUGAAACUGAGAUCAAAAGCUAUUUCAAAUCAUUGAGACAAGUUCCCCUCACUGCAUUAGAUUCAAAUAUCACGGAUCCACUCCAAAAGAUAGCUGAUCAAGUCCUCUCUAAAAACUAUGGUUUUUAUAGUCAAUUUUUUUGCUCGUUAAAUGACGGCCUCAAAGAUCUGUUAAUUGAAAAGUACACUGAUCUUGUACACAAAUCGGCUGUAGAAACAAUGCAUCAGAGUAUUGUAUUCUCAAAUACAUCCUUUCAGUUGAGUCCUUCUUUUUUCAGUCUCAAAAGCCAUAUGGUCAGAAGAAUUAGCUCUAUAGCUAAUCUACUACUCAAACAACACAAAAUCGUCGAUACUAGGUAUGCGAAUGCUGAAACCACAUCAACAUUCAACGAUUUACUUUGUGAUUUACAACCAGCUAUUGAAAAUUUUCUUUUAAGCAUUGAAGAUCUUCGUCUUUCUAGUGCACAAUGCCUCAAUAAGUGGAAGUCGCAUGAAUACUUAUGGUCGCUUACGGAGGAACAAUUUAUUGUGCAUUUUGGACAAGAUAUCGAUGCUUGCAUUCAUUUUAUGAGCAGUUUAAUAAAACAGAGAGUAGAGACUUCAUCCCUUUCAUGUACCCUGGAUAUAGGUAAUCAACUCUUUAUCAACCAAGAAAAAGCUCUUCUCACAUGCAUCUCGAAGUUUGAUCAAUGGCAGCAAUUUGGGUUAAAACAUUUACUUUCUUUGUAUAUUAACCUCUCAGUUGAUAUUCACCAUAGCCUUUCAAUGGCUAAAAAGACAGUUGAAGAAUCAACAUUACAUUUUUCAUCCUUGAAAACGGUAACGGACGUGAUUAUUUACCUCGAUACAUUGGAAUCUGAGUUAGAAAGAACUGAAUUGCAGUUUCUAUCACUAAAAGAUGCCCAAAAACUUUUAAUACAAACUCGAACGAAACUUCCAUCCGAUUUCAUUUAUUGUGAACAACUCAAAGUUGAUAUUGAUUCUUUAACAGAUAUUUGCGCAAAAAAACAAAGCCAGAUAGGACAAAAUCGUCACCUUAUUGCCAACAAAGUUGAAACGGAGACCGAAAGAUUGAAAAUAGUAUCAGAGUCACUCGUUUCUGAUUGGGAAGAUAAAAAACCAACGAGCUCAUCUACAAGUCCCUCUGAAGCACUUGAAAUGAUAUUAUCAUUUGAAGAAUCUAUUAAUGAAAUCACCAAACAAACGCAAAAUUUACUUAAAAUUACCAAACUACUUCUAAUUCCUGUCUCCCUUAAUAUACAUCUUGAUGAUGUUUUGACGGAAGUAAUUAACUAUAAAAGCAUGUGGUCUUCAGUGGAUAAAUUAUGGAACUCUCUACAGACUAUAGUACAGGAGAAAUGGCAUUCCAUUACACUUUCGAAAGUUAAAAGUGAACUUAACGAACUUUCAAAUAGUUCUAAUAGUUUACCACCGGUAGUUCUUCAAUAUUCAGUCUUUCAGAAUCUUCUUCAAUCAAUACAAUCAAUAUUGUCUACUAUUCCAAUACUUAUGGAAAUGAAAGCUGCUGAUCUUCAAACAAAACACUGGCGUCAUAUUUUCGAUACAUUUGAUCGUCCAGAUAUAUCAACAGAUACUAUUCAAUCCGUUUCAUUCACCCUAAUGGAUGUUUUAUCUCUUAAUCUGUCUACCAAUGAAAAUGAUAUCCACAAAAUUAUCAAUCAAGCCAAAGAUGAAAAAGUGUUGGCAUCAACGUUAGAGGAAAUCAAAGAUAGGUGGAAAGAUGUUUCAAUUCAGAUUUUUUUGCAUGAGAGUGGACAAAAAUUAAUUCGUAAUUGGAGUGCUCUUUUCAGCUCAACUACAGAUGACAUCAACACGCUUUUGUCAAUGAAGAAUUCACAGUACUAUAAAAUAUUUGAGCAGGAAAUAUAUGAACUAGAGACAAAACUCACGGAGUUCUCAUCAAUUCUAACAUGUGGAUUAGAAAUUCAACGGCAGUGGUGUUAUCUAUAUGGGGUUUUGAAUUCUAAGAGCCCUCUAAAAAACCUUUUACCCACAGAAGCAUCAAGGUUCUCAAACCUUACUUCAGACCUGAACAUACUCUUCACCACUUUAAUCCAAAGUAACUCUGCAUUAGAUGUUAUAUCCAAUCCAGACUAUUAUCACGCAUUGAAGGCCUUGGCAGAUUCUCUAACAAAAGUUCGCAAAUCUUUACACGAUUUCCUUGAAUCGCAAAGGGCGCUCUUUCCAAGAUUCUAUUUCAUUGGUAACGAAGAUCUUCUACAACUAAUAGGAUCUACAACGGAUUUGGCCUUCUUGUCAAAUCAAAUGAGUAAAAUGUUUGGAGCAGUGGGAAGAGUCGAAGUAUUGAACAACAGCAUUGUUUCAGUUUGUUCAAUCGAGGGCGAGUCUCUCAAUUUAGAUAAUACUAUUCCUAUAGAUCCAACUAUUCCGACGUACCAAUGGAUGAGGAAUUUGGACAAAGAAAUCAAACUUACUUUAGCACGGCUUGUGAAAUCAUGUCUUGAUACAUUUUCCUUGAGGGCCAUCCCCGAAAUUUUCAAAGACUACCCAUUCCAAAUAAUCUGGUUGUGUAUGUUAAUUGAAUGGACCAAGUCAGCACAAAGUGCUACUAGUAUUGAAUUGCAAAAAUUGGAAGAAGAGCUUUCUGUUACAAUCAAUGAAGUUUCGAAGCAAAAAAAAUCGCAAAAUGCAAGAUACCAGUAUAUUGCAGUAGACUCCUUGAUCUCUGAAAUGUUGAACCUUAGAAAUAUUACGCAAGAUUUAAGAACUACAGAAGAUAGAGAUAGUUCCUGGAAUGAGGUUCAAAAGUUCUACUUUAAUGAUAACAACAAUGUUUUAGACAGAGUAACAGUUGUUCAAGGUGGUAUUACAGCACAGUAUGGGUUUGAGUAUAUUGGUGUUCCCGAAACUCUAGUUCACACACCAACACUUCAAACAUUCUUCGCAACAAUUCAGCAUGCCCUUGCAAAUAAUCUUGGUGGCUCACCAUUUGGACCUGCCGGUACUGGUAAGACUGAAUCUGUGAAAUAUUUAGGUAAAAGAUUGGGAAGAUUUGUUCUUGUCUUUAAUUGUGAUGAUACAUUUGACUUUAGAUCUAUGAGUCGAAUUCUUUUUGGUAUUGCACAGAUUGGUGCUUGGGGGUGUUUUGAUGAAUUUAAUAGAUUAACGCCAGAAAUUUUAAGCGCUGUUUCUUCACAAAUAGAGGAAAUCCAAUCUUCAAUGUUAUCACAGUCGAACUCGAUCUCUAUUUUGGAUAGAACAGGUGAUCUACAUCCGAAUACAGGUAUCUUUAUUACAAUGAAUCUUGGUUAUUCUGGUAGAUCACAGCUCCCUGGAAACCUAAAGAGAAUGUUUAGGGAUUUCGCAAUGGAUUCUCCCCAAUCGUUAUUAAUUUUAGAAACACUUUUGAACAUCAUGGGUUUCCCUGACAGCAAAGAAAUAGCAAAACAACUAGUUGCAUUCUUUGAGGAGCUUGGUGCAAAAACUUCAAACCAACCACAUUACGAUUUUGGUCUCAGAGCUUUGAAAGCUGUUAUCAGAAAUUGUAACGUUAGCCUGAUGAAAAAUUCUUCUGAUCCAACCUUGGAUAUUCUCUUAGAAAGUGUCCGUAAUAUCAUCACUCCAAAAUUACUCGAGAGCGAUGAAUUGAUAUUCGAGGAAAUUUGGUCAGAGCAUUUUCCAACCUUUACUGCUUCUACUGCAAUUCCUGCUUUUGAGAAUAUCAUCAAACAAUUCUGCAAGGAGGAGAUGUACGUAUUCAACGAAGAGUUUUACAAGAAGUGCGAGCAACUUUACGAAAUUCAGAAAUCUCAACAAGGAAUUAUAUUGGUAGGGGAAGCGGGUUGUGGAAAAACUUCGGUGUUAAAAGGGACGUUAGAAGGUGUCGAAGAAUUAUCAGCUGUUCCAAAUAUUAUACACACAAUUGAUUCAAAGGCUUUAAGCAAAGAAGAGCUAUAUGGUCACUUGGAUCCAGUUACAUUUGAGUGGCAGGACGGUGUAUUUACGUCGAUUCUUCGUGAUAUCAAUGAGGAUUAUCUUGGAGAAUACAAGAGUUGUAACAUUUGGAUCAUAUUUGACAGUGAGCUCGACCCUAUUUACGCUGAAACUUUGAAUAGUGUUCUUGAUGAUAAUAAGGUAUUUACUCUUCCUAACGGUGAGCGUUUGAAAAUCUUAGAGAAUAUUCAUAUUAUUUUUGAAGUAGAGAACUUAGCACAUGCUACACUGGCUACGGUUAGUAGAUGUGGUAUGUUAUGGAUAAACAGCAAUAUGAUACAGCCAGAACAUGUCUUUUCAUCAUGUUAUAAAAAACAUAUUACUUCGAUGAGUACCAGCCAUAAACAGAUAGAUCAAAUGAAAACAAAUCUCCUCCGAGUAUCAAGUUUAAUCCUUUCAGAUAUUAAUUUGCACAAUACCAUAGAAGAAUCACAAAGAAUAAGCCAUAUUAUGGGUUUUGAUAUUAGAAGAAUCUCAACAACUUAUAGCAAGUUAUUAUGUGAAAACAUUGCUUCUCAAACUUCAAAUAUUAUGAAUAUGGCUGCUUCUCAGAUUGAUAUACUCUUUAUGAGGUAUAUUGCCUUAGCUUUACUAUGGGCUUUCGCUGGUGACUGCACCAUAGCUGACAAAAUAAAAUUCAGUUCGUUUAUUGCGAAAAUGCUGGAACCAUAUGGCCUCUCUCCAUUGGAAUCACCCCUUUUAAACUAUGAAAUUUCACCCAAAACAGGCGAAUUUGUUUUAUUGGACGAUGUUAUUGAGGAAGUGGAGUUAGAAUCACACCAAGUAUUAUCACCUGAAUUGAUUAUUCCAACCAUGGAUACAUAUAGGCAUGAGCAGAUAUUAUUCAGUCUUUUAAGGAACCAUCAACCACUUAUUCUAUGUGGCCCACCCGGCUCAGGUAAAACUAUGACGCUCCAUAGCGCUUUGAAAAGAUCAGAAGAUCAUGAUAUUAUCGGAAUGAAUUUCUCCAAAGAUACAACAGUUCAAUCAUUCUUAAACACUAUAGAACAACACACGGCCUAUAAAAACUCCUCUGAAGGGCUCAUUUUACAGCCAUUAUCUUUCGGAAAGCAAUUAGUUGUGUUUUGUGAUGAAAUCAAUCUUCCUCAACAAGAUGCUUACGGUUCUCAACCUAUCAUAUUGUUUUUAAGACAAUUAGUAGAGAAAAAUGGUUUCUGGAGCUUAAAGGAGAAGAAAUGGGUUUCCUUGAAGAGGAUUCAAAUAGUUGCUGCAUGCAACCCUGCAACAGAUGCCGGCAGAAGUAAAUUGACAAAUAGAUUCACUCGUCAUACCUCAGUAUUAAUGGUAGAUUAUCCAGCAAAAGAAUCUCUAGUGCAAAUAUAUCUGACCUUUUUCAAAGCCGUUUUGAAACUUAGUCCAUCGAAUCGAAAUUAUGCAAAUAAUUUCGCUAAUGCAUCGGUUGAUUUAUACUACAGAUGUAAGGAACAAUUUGUAGCGAGUGAACAGGUGCAUUACAUAUUCUCUCCCAGAGAAUUAACUAGAUGGGUGAGAGGUGUACAUCAAGCAUUGCAAACAACCAUUAAAAAUGAUUUGGAUUAUAUCUUGAAGAUAUGGGCAUAUGAAGCCAGAAGAAUAUUCUCGGAUAGAUUGAUAUCUGAUGAAGAGAAGGACUGGUUUGAAUAUACCCUUCUAGAAAUAGCUUCAUCACAGUUCCCCUUGAAAAAUAUCAGUGACCUUGUCGAUAGAUCGAUAACUUUCUGCAGUUGGAUAAACAUGGACUACGAGGAAACCGAUAUCAGUAAGAUAAGAGCGUUCGUGAGCGAAAGAUUAAAGACUUUUUGCGAGGAAGUUCUCAACUAUGAUGUGGUGCUUCAUGAUCAAAUGAUUCGUACAAUGUUAAACGUAGAUAAAGUCAUGAAACAAGUUCAGGGCCACGCAAUGAUAGUAGCACCAACGGGUAGUGGUAAAUCAACUAUUACAAAAUUUGUUGCUUGGAUGAAUGGUAUUGAAGUGAAUACCUUAAACAUACAUCGCAACUUUUCUCUAUCAGAGUUUGACGAAUUCCUAAGAAAAUUGCUAAUAAAGUGUGGUGUUGAGAAUAGAAAAUGUUGUCUAAUUUUAGAUGAAUCAAGUAUGAUUGAAACAUCUUUUGUGGAGAGAUUGAAUACACUUUUGGCAAAUUCUGAUAUACCUGGUCUUUUCCAAGCUGAAGAAUUUGACGCAUUAAUGUCAAAAAUACGAACAAGUCCACAUUUACCAGGAAAUGUUUUGGAUAACGAACAAAGCUUAUACGAAUGGUUCACCGAGGAAAUUUCAAAAAACUUACAUGUGGUUAUGAACAUUAGUGAUCCCCAGAGCUCAUCAUCAACAAGAAUCAUGACAUCUCCUGCAUUAUUUAACCGUUGUAUUUUGACUUGGAUGGGCGAAUGGAGUGAAGAAACACUCUCGAUUGUAGCGGGACAUUUCACUGAAAAGCUACCAUUUGAUCAAAUCACUCCUUCAGAUGGUUCAGCUGGUGCGCAAAAGGAUAUGUGGAGUAUCGUAGCUCAAAUAUUUUGUGAAACAUUUAAGGAAUAUCAUCAUCAGAAUGGAAUAAAAUCUCCUUCACCAUCUUUGUUUUUGAAUUCUCUCAGAAAUCUCAGAUCCCAAUAUAUAAAGAAGUUAAAAACAUCUGACGAGAACCAACGCUUUAUCAGGAAUGGGCUAACCAAACUAAAGGAGACUCUUUUAACGGUGAAACAGCUUAACAAAGAGAUGGAAGAGAAAAAAGAUAUCCUUCAUAAGAAAGAAAUGGAAGCUAGGAAAACCUUAGAUCAAAUGCUACAUGAUCAGAACGAGGCUGAAAGAAAGCAAGAAGCGUCCAUACAGAUCCAAAAGAUUCUCAAUGCCCAAGAGCUUGAAAUCUCUAAAAGAAGAGAUAUAGUCAUGAGAGAUCUUGAAACUGCACGACCAGCAAUUCUAGAAGCACAGAGCGGAGUAAAAAAUAUUAAGAAACAACAAUUGGUUGAACUAAGAACAAUGCAUAAUCCACCAGAAGCUGUUAAAACAACUCUAGAAGCUGUCUGCGUUCUUUUAGGGUUUAGAAUCGAAAGUUGGAAAGAUAUCCAACAAACUAUCCGAAAAGACGACUUCAUUGCAAGAAUAGUAACCUUUAAUACGGAGACUAUGCUUCCAGAGGAACUUAAAGAUUUUAUCAAAAAUGAAUACUUGAGUAGGGUUAACUUUAAAUAUGAGAAUGUGCAAAGAGCAAGUCAAGCAUGUGGUCCUUUAUAUUUAUGGGUGGUAGCUCAAAUCCAGUAUUCAGAUGUUUUGUUAAAGGUGGAGCCGCUACAGGCAGAUCUUGAAGUCCUUGAAACUGAAAUCAUGAGAAGUAGAGCCAAGUCUUUAGCUGCAGAUGAAAUGAUCUCUGAACUACAAAACCAUAUUGAAAAAUCCAAGGAGUCUUAUAGCCAAAUUAUAAGAGAUAUCGAAGUUUUAAAGUCAGAAAUGAAUAUAGUCGAGGCUAAGGUAUCAAAAUCUGUAACUUUACUUGACAGUCUAGGUUCAGAAAAAGAGAGAUGGACCCUAGAGAUCAAACAAUUUGCCGAAGUAAAGAAAAACCUUCUAGGUGAUAGUAUUCUAGAAUCUCUCUAUACCGCUUAUUGCUAUUCUCACGAUUAUAAGAUGAGAAUGAAUUUGAUAGACAAGUGGAAGUCUAAACUAUCUUCACAAGACAUCUCCUUUGACCACUCCUUCAAAAACCUUGUCCGUAAUGCAAAUCCCGAAGCCAAGGCAAAAUGGAUAGACAGUGGUCUUUCUGACGAUGAUUUUGCAGUGGAAACAUUCUUUGGUGUAAUAGACUCCGAAUCAGGAAAAUAUCCAUUAAUCGUGGACCCGGAGGGUAAUAUCUUGGAUGUAUUAUAUGGCGUUUAUGAAGACAGGUUAGUAGCAACCAGUUUCUUAGAUGAGAACUUUUCUAAGAUUCUAAAAAAUACAUUGCGUUUUGGAGGUGUGCUUUUGAUUCAAGACGGAGAAUUUUAUGAUCCAUUUAUUUCCAGGGUAUUAAGUCAAGAAUUUCAAGAAGUUGGUGGUAGGAAAACUAUUACUUUGGAUGAUUCUAACAGAGAAGUAGAUGUUUCUAAAGAUUUCAGGAUGAUCAUGUAUACUCGUGAUAAGGAUUGGAUUAUACCAGAUUACAUUAAAACGAAAUGUCAAUUAUUCAACUUUACCAUAACCAAGGGUAAUCUUGAGUCACAAACGCUACAGUAUAUUUUAGCUAAUGAGCUACCUGAACUCCAACAUCAACGUAAUAUGUUGUUGGAAAAAAGUGUAUCAUACAAACUAAAAUUACAUGAACUAGAAAAAAAGUUACUAGAGUUACUCAAUACAUCUAAUAUUAAUAUCCUUGAAAAUGAUGACCUACUACAAACUCUAGAAAAUCUAAAACGAGAAUCUCAAACUACGCAAUCUGAAUUAUCAAGUAUCAAUAUUGAAAUGCAUCAGCAGAAGACAGCACUAACAGAGUUCACGCCUCUUAGUGUUAUCGCUGUUAAAAUAUUUGAACUUAUGGAAUGGCUACGUAGUAAGAAGCAUUGGUUCUAUGACGUGGACGUCAAGGAAUUUUUGGUAUCUUUUCAACAUGUUUUCGAAGAAGCUGACCAACUAACAGGAGAAAUGAUUAGCCGUCCAGCUAAAAUUUGCGUGUCUAUGUUAAGGUUGAUGUUCUGUGCAUUCGGAAGUAUGCUCUCUGAAGAUGAUAGAUUACUGUUUGCCACGCGUUUGUUUGAACUUUAUAUGAUCUCAGAAGAAAGUAUAAAUACUGUUGAAACUUGGAAAAGAAUUAGAUCUAAUAUAGAUUAUAUGACAUCAGCGCCAGAGCUUCCAGACUUAUUCGAUAAUUUCAAGCAGGGAUUAAUUGGUGGAGAUCCUAAGGAUGGAUUAACGCAGAUGAUUCUUUCAUUUAUGAAGGAUUCACCUUGGUCGUUGAAUGAUUUCUUCUCCAAGUCAAGUGGUUCCAAGAUUGUUUUGGUAGGUGCAGGAAAGGGAGUAGAUGGCUCUUUGAUGAUCAAGAAAAUCGCAGAGCAGUCAAACAAGGACUUAACGAUUAUUGCUAUGGGAUCCACUGAGUCUUGUAUAAUGGCAGAAGAAACACUUGGGAGUUGUAUGGACAAUGGUGGAUGGAUAUUGCUUCAAAAUAUCCAAAUGUCUUUCGUAUGGUGCAACGAAGUGCUACCUAAGUACUUGAAGAAAAUUAGCUCCAAUAGUCAUCCAGACUUCCAGCUAUUCCUAACGUGCUCUUUACAAGAUAGCAUCCAUCCAACUUCACAGCUAUUGCAAUACUGCACAAAGAUUACUUAUGAAGGGGAGUCAGGUGUUCUUCACAAUAUAAAAAAAUUCUGGAGCUCUGUAACACAGAACUUACCAGAAACUGGAAACGUAGUUUACUUGAAGCACCUAAUCUGCUGGAUCCAUGCCCUAAUUCUGGAACGUGUUAGGGUCACAAGCCAAAACGCCGAAUACCAUGACUUGGAUUUGCAAUUGGCUAUAAACUCUGUAGAUUCGUGUGUCAAAAAAGAGAUCAUCGAUUGGCACAAACUAAGGUUCAUCGUCGGAAAGGUGAUAUACUCCAAUAGACUCGACAAUAAUGACGAACUAUACGCAUGGAUUCAACAUCUAACCUUUUCAAUACUACACGAAAACAGUUUCAAACCAGACAGUAGCAUUAUAGCUGACAUCGGUUCUCCAAAUCCAAAACACUCAACCGAGAGCAUAACCUCCUGGCUUCACUCGCUACCUUGGACUCUUGAACAAAAAGAUAAAUGGCUCUCCAUUCCAAAACAAAAUUUGGAAAGCAAAGCGUUCACAGAUACCGUGACAUGUAUGCAAGAUCUCACAGCUAUUGACAAGUUAUUGCAAUAUAAUUGA